AUGGCCGCCCUCCGUACCCUCCGAGCCCGCGCCCUCGUCGUUCCCCGCCUUGCGCGUGGUCACGCCGUCGCCGUCGAAGCCCGCACUGCUCCGCCAGCCGACGGCGCAGUCCGUAACGACUGGAGCCGGGCCGAGGUGCAGCGUAUCUUUGACGGGCCCCUCAUGGAGACCAUCUUCCGUGCAGCCAGUGUCCAUCGCUUGCACCACGACCCAAGCCGUAUCCAGCUGUGCACCCUCAUGAACAUCAAGACCGGCGGAUGCACCGAGGAUUGCAAGUACUGUUCCCAGUCGUCGUCGUAUAAGACGCAGACCAAGGCGUCUCGCCUCGUCGACAUUGAGCCGGUCCUCGAAGCCGCGCGGCAGGCAAAGGCAAACGGCUCGACCCGCUUCUGUAUGGGUGCAGCGUGGCGUGACCUCGCCGGCCGCAAGAGCGGUUUCGAGAAGAUCCUCACCAUGGUCCGCGAGGUCCGCGGUAUGGACAUGGAGGUGUGCACUACCCUCGGGAUGCUUAGUCCCGACCAAGCGCGGCGGCUCAAGGAGGCCGGUCUCAGUGCAUACAACCACAACCUCGACACGAGCCGCGAGUUCUACCCCAAAGUCAUCACUACACGCAGCUACGACGAGCGACUUGACACGAUUGCAGCGGUACGCGACGCAGGCAUCUCGGUGUGCUCGGGCGGUAUCCUGGGACUUGGGGAGAAGGACGAGGAUCGCGUCGGACUUAUUUGGCAAGUUGGAAACAUGGGCGAACACCCUGAGAGCUUCCCCGUCAACACGCUUGUGCCUAUUGAAGGGACGCCGCUUGAGAACAACGACCCGGUCCAGGUCCACACCGUGCUCCGCACGAUCGCGACGGCCCGCAUCGUCCUUCCCAAGACGAUUAUCCGCCUCGCCGCCGGCCGCCACACGUUCUCCGAGACCGAGCAGGCAAUGGCGUUCAUGGCCGGCGCCAACGCCAUCUUUACAGGCGAGACUAUGCUGACUACCCCUUGCACUGGGUGGGACGUCGACAAGGCCAUGCUCGACCGCUGGGGUCUGCGUGGUAUGCGUUCGUUCGAGGACGCCGAGAGUGUCGAGGUGCUUGACAAGGCUGCCACGACCGAGGCCGAGGCGUCGGUUGCGCCCUAG